CUCCGAGGCUCUCCACCAGGUUUUCUAGAUACACCUGACCCCCACUGUCGAGCUCCGCAGCGUGGUACGGAUGCACACCUAUCGUGAGGAAACACUGAUCCGGUCGAGACCGCGCGAUGGCAAUGUUUAUAGGGAUGUCAGAUGGAGACAUGCCAGUAAUAUAGGCGCUACCGGAAUUCUAGCGAGAAAGGCUGUAAAUCCAUGCCCGAUAUCCAUCCGAGGCGCUCGGCAUCCCCCAUUGGUCUUGAACAUCAGUUUGGCUUAAAUGUCCAGAGAUCACCUUCGAUAGCGCAUCUCCACCUUCCAACCAUUAGCCGGAUUCGUUCCCCGUUAGGCUCAUCGAUCCUCAUAACCUGGAAUAUAAACGUCUUAUCACCCUGCGACAUCGCCACCACGCAACCGGUGGCACAUCUAUUCCCCGGCUCGGGACGCCUACCAAGGCCUGGUUCAUGUGGUUCGUGGCUUGCAGGACAGAAGGAUUCGGUAUGCCAUCUGGGUCCCGCACAGUACGCCAGCAUCGUCACGAUCCCGCCAGGCUUGACGCCCUCCGGAUGCGUCAUGCACGCCACUCACGCGGCAUCGUACCUCACACACCUUACACGCGGCUCUGCCUGUCCGAGACUUCAUCGCCAAGCCGGCGGUGCCACUUCUUGGUAUCUACCCCGUGAUUGCUAUUUUAAGGGGUGCUGCAACAAAUUGAUCCCGAGACAAGGGAGCUGGCAGCGCGGUGCGGUAAUUCAUAACGGGAAUGCAAGAGCAAACGAAGAAAUUACAACAAUCCCUAUGCCUGUGGAGGAAGAGUCCCUCUCUCGCAUAGUGGAUUUUCCGCCAUCAAAGGUCAAAACGCGGUACAGAGGAAGACGAGAAUACAAUCAUAAACUAUAGAACCGUACAGAUGCAGCAGUCCUUACUCUUAGAGCCCACAGUGCUGCCUCGUCCCUAGGAGCGGGUAUAUGCUUAAGAAAAAGUUGCAUGUCUAGGUACGUGAUCCUUCUACCCCUCCCUCCACCCGCUUUUUUAAUCUCUCCGGUUCUAAGCCGUCGAGGACCUUAAGGAUGCCGUGGGAGGUGC